AUGGAAGAUGCCAUUGUCCGCAUCUUAACUCCAAGAUGCUCCAUUGACAUUCUUAGAGAUGUCCAUGCUGCUAAGGAGCAAGGAAAACCCUAUGUUGUGGUUUUCGUUGGAGUUAAUGGAGUCGGUAAAUCCACCAAUCUUGCUAAGGUUGCUUACUGGCUUCUGCAGGUUGCUUACUGGCUUCUGCAGCACAAUAUCAACGUCAUGAUGGCUGCUUGUGACACGUUCAGAUCAGGCGCAGUCGAGCAGCUGCGUACCCAUGCACAAAGGCUCCAGAUCCCAAUCUUUGAGAAGGGUUAUGAGAAAGAUGCCGCAAUUGUUGCAAAAGAAGCCAUCCAGGAGGCCACUCGAAAUGGCUCGGAUGUCGUUUUGGUUGAUACAGCUGGAAGAAUGCAGGAUAAUGACCCAUUGAUGCGAGCUCUGUAUAAGCUUAUUUACGUGAAUAAUCCUGAUCUGGUUUUGUUUGUUGGCGAGGCUCUCGUGGGUAAUGAUGCAGUAGAUCAGCUGUCCAAGUUUAAUCAGAAGUUAGGUGACCUGUCGCUGUCUUCCGAUCCCAGAUUGAUUGAUGGAAUCCUGUUGACUAAAUUCGAUACGAUUGAUGACAAGGUGGGAGCUGGAUUGUCAAUGGUAUACAUAUCUGGAGCACCUGUGAUGUUUGUUGGGUGUGGGCAAUCGUAUACCGACUUGAAGAAGCUUAACAUCAAGUCCAUAGUGAAGACUCUCCUCAAAUAA